CACACUUCCGUCUCUCCAACAACCAGCUCAUUCCCCACUGGAUACAUACCCUAAUGCCUCUCCACCAACCUACCCUUCCCUAUAUCAACUCCAUUCUCCAUCUUCAUUCCAAAAUCUCCACAUCUUCACUCCAAUGGCAGAUCAUCUUCACUCUCAACCGCCUCCUGACGCCGUCAAGCCACCACCCAUCUCCGACCACAAGCCACUUCUUCCGCAAGGCACUUACGUCAUCCAGAUCCCUAAAGACCAGAUCUACCGCAUUCCGCCACCGGAAAACUCUCGCAAAGCCCAAAAACUCGCUAAUCGGAAACCUAAACGGAGUUGCUGCUGCCGCUGCUUCUGCUGGACACUCGCUGCCCUUUUCAUCCUUCUAAUCCUCCUCGCCGUCGCCGCCGGAGUUCUGUACCUAGUUUUCCGGCCGGAGAAGUUGAAAUACUCGAUCGAUAACGUUUCUGUAACCGGUAUCAAUCUGACGUCAUCGGCACCGAUAUCUCCGAAAAUAACGUUUGGUAUUAGAUCUGAAAACCCUAACGAUAAGUUAACGGUGUUUUACGUCGGAAAAGGAAGCUCCGUCGACGUGCAUUACGGCGACGUUAAGUUAUGUAACGGCGUGUUGCCGACGUUUAGGCAGGAUGCGAAUAACGUGACGGUGAUACAGACGGUGUUAAGAGGCGAGAAUAUUGUGUUGGCGCGUGACGUGCACUCGCGGUUGGUGAAGCAAGAGAGGGAGCGGCGCGUGCCAUUGAAGUUGACGGUGAAGGCGCCGGUGAAAGUUAAGGUUGGUGCCGUUAAGACGUGGGAGAUGAAGGUUACCGUUAAGUGUGACGUAGCUGUUGACCGGUUCGUACAGAAGUCAAAGAUCGUGUCUAAAAGUUGUGGUUAUAGGGUGGAUUUGUGGUGAGAAUAAAAGUUGGUAGUUUCGUAAAUGGUUUACCCUUAUUUAUUUGUAAAGAUAAGAAACAUACACACGAUUGAUAUUAUGAUCCAUAUUUAGGAUUAUAUAGUAAAAAACGAUUUUUUCAA